AUGCAGAAGGGGAUCCGGCUGAACGAUGGCCACGUCGCGUCCCUGGGACUGCUGGCGCGCAAGGACGGCACGCGCAAAGGCUACCUGAGCAAGCGGAGUUCGGACAACACAAAAUGGCAAACCAAGUGGUUCGCGCUGCUGCAGAACCUUCUCUUCUACUUCGAGAGCGACUCGAGCUCGCGGCCCUCGGGGCUCUACCUGCUGGAGGGCUGCGUCUGCGACCGCGCGCCCUCCCCCAAGCCUGCGCUCUCAGCCAAGGAGCCGCUGGAGAAACAGCAUUAUUUCACGGUCAACUUCAGCCACGAGAACCAGAAAGCCCUGGAGCUGAGGACAGAGGACGCCAAGGAUUGUGACGAGUGGGUGGCAGCCAUCGCUCAUGCCAGCUACCGGACCCUGGCCACGGAGCACGAAGCGCUGAUGCAGAAGUACCUGCACCUGCUGCAGAUUGUGGAGACGGAGAAGACGGUGGCCACGCAGCUGCGGCGGCAGAUCGAGGAUGGGGAGGUUGAGAUCGAGCGGCUGAAGGCAGAGAUCGCGACUCUGCUCAGGGACAACGAGCGCGUCCAGUCCACCCAGACUGUCACCCCCAACGACGAGGACAGUGACAUCAAGAAGAUUAAGAAGAGCCUUCUCCUCAUGGCUUUGGUCCCCGGCGCACCCCAGAUUGGAAGUCCACGGGGCCCCAAAGCUGACCCUGCUGCUGUGAUCUGUGGGAGCCCAGAUGGCAUGGGGACCCGCCCAGUGGCUCUGGAGCCCCCGUGUGACCCUGGGCUCUUCCAGGGGUCCCCAGGGGGCUCUCCCAGCAGGGUCCUGGUGUUCGUCCCACACCAGGCCCCACAGGUGACGCUGCCCGUGCUGACGGUGUUUGCGCUGAGCGAGACCAUCAUGUUCCUGCACCAGAUUUUCUACCAGGGCCUGAAGGCCCGCAUCUCCAGCUGGCCCACGCUGGUCCUGGUAUCGUUACAAGUUCACGACCACGUAACUGAAAGUGACGACGACGGUUACACGCCGAGCAGGCCGCCGCCGCGUGUUCGGACCCGAGACCCUCCGAAGCGCGCUUCCCUGGGAGACCGCGGUUCACAGGUGCUCUGCCUCGACAGGAAAGAUGUGCCCCCACCGCCAGCUGCUUGCGCCUCUGCAGGGCCUCUGGGAGGCGGAGUGCAGUCCCCCACGACCACACUGUCGAGUUCCCCUCGUUUGGGGAAAUUGCAGGGUCAGCACAUCCGUGUGGGGGGGCCGCGGGGUCCCGAGGACGGCCCUUCGUGUCUGCUCUCCUGCUGGCACGUCGUGCCUGGGAUGCCCCGCGAGCCGCUGCGCGAGCUCCUCCCGAGCGGAGGCUCUGGGCGCUGCUCCGGCCUCAGCAGGUCAGGGUCAGCCGGGCCCCCGUGGUGGUGCCCGCCACGAGCCUCCGCAGCCCCCGCAGCCCUCACCUUGGUCAGGGACAGAGACCCCAGGCGGCCCCUGGUGAUCUUGCCCUUCUCAGACAUGGGCACCUGGAUGAGGGAGCCUGUGGGUGGAGGGCAGACCCUGAGCCCACCUCCCAGAGCCACGCCCGCCGCCGGCCAGCUCUCAGGUGUGGGUACGACGUCCACAGGCCUCCAGCGGCCCCGAGACGCUCAGCAGACAUGCCAUUUGGAGGUGUCCCUGGGGCUGCCGGGGGCGGGGGAGGGCAGGGCCCGGGGGACGUCGGACGCCUCCCUGUACUGCGAUGACGUGGACAUCCGCUUCAGCAAAACCAUGAACUCCUGCAAAGUGCUGCAGAUCCGCUACGCCAGCGUGGGCCGGCUGCUCGAGAGGCUGACGGACCUGCGUUUCCUGAGCAUCGACUUCCUCAACACCUUCCUGCACUCCUACCGCGUCUUCACCACCGCCGUCGUGGUCCUGGACAAGCUCAUCACCAUCUACAGAAAGCCCAUCAGCGCCAUCCCCGCCAGGUCCCUGGAGCUCUUGUUUGCCAGCGGCCAGAACAGCAAGCUUCUGUACGGCGACCCCCCCAAGUCCCCGCGCGCCACGCGCAAGUUCUCCUCGCCGCCCCCCCUGUCCAUCGCCAAGACGUCGUCGCCCGGCCGCCGGCGGAAGCUGUCCCUGAACAUCCCCAUCAUCACGGGUGGCAAGGCCCUGGACCUGGCCGCCCUCAGCUGCAACUCCAAUGGCUACAGCAGCCUGUACUCGGCCGUGUCGCCCUUCAGCAAGGCCUCGCUGGACACCAGCAAGCUCUACGUGUCCAGCGGCUUCGCCAACAAGAUUCCGGACGAAGGCGACCCGGCCGCUGAGAAGCCCGAAGAGCCCUCGGCUCUCAGCAAGCAGAGCUCAGAAGUCUCCGUGAGGGAAGAGUCGGAUAAUGACGAGGACCAGAGUGAGGACGGGGACACGGAGGCGUCGCCGACCAAAUCCCCAACGACGCCAAAGUCGGUCAAAAGCAAAAAUCCCUCAGAGUUCCCCCUCUUUUCCUACAACAACGGGGUGGUCAUGACCUCGUGUCGGGAACUGGACAACAGCCGCAGUGCCCUGUCCGCGGCCUCUGCCUUUGCCAUAGCAACGGCGGGAGCCAACGAGGGCGCCCCAAGCAAGGACAAGUACCGCAGGAUGUCCCUGGCCAGCACAGGGUUUCCCCCUGACCAGCGGAACGGAGACAAGGAGUUUGUGAUCCGCAGAGCGGCCACCAACCGGGUCCUGAACGUGCUCCGCCACUGGGUCUCCAAACACUCUCAGGACUUUGAGACCAACAAUGAGCUCAGAGGCAAGGUGAUCAGCUUCCUGGAGGAGGUCAUGCACGACCCCGAGCUCCUGACCCAGGAGAGGAAGGCCGCGGCCAACAUCAUCAGGGGCCCAGGUGGUGGCACCUGUGAGGGUAGUGUCCAUGGAAGCCCCCAGAGACGUGAGAACCCCAAGACGAAGGCCAGACAGCCACCAUCUGGGCCCAGGACAGGAACACCGCCCCAGGAGGCGGUCACACCUGCAGAAGGCGUGAAGGCAGAGCCCUUUGAAAACCACUCAGCCCUGGAGAUCGCCGAGCAGCUGACCUUGCUGGACCACCUCGUCUUCAAGAAGAUCCCUUACGAGGAGUUCUUCGGACAAGGCUGGAUGAAGCUGGAGAAGAAUGAGCGGACCCCUUAUAUCAUGAAAACCACGAAGCAUUUCAACGACAUCAGUAACUUGAUUGCUUCAGAGAUCAUCCGCAACGAGGACAUCAACGCGAGAGUGAGCGCCAUCGAGAAGUGGGUGGCCGUGGCCGACAUAUGCCGCUGUCUGCACAACUACAACGCCGUCCUGGAGAUCACCUCGUCCAUGAACCGCAGCGCAAUAUUCCGGCUGAAAAAGACGUGGCUCAAAGUCUCCAAGCAGACAAAAGCUUUGAUUGACAAGCUCCAAAAGCUUGUGUCAUCAGAGGGCAGAUUUAAGAAUCUCAGAGAAGCUCUGAAAAAUUGUGACCCGCCCUGUGUCCCUUACCUGGGGAUGUACCUCACCGACCUGGCCUUUAUCGAAGAGGGGACACCCAAUUACACGGAGGACGGCCUGGUCAACUUCUCCAAGAUGAGGAUGAUAUCUCACAUCAUCCGAGAGAUUCGCCAGUUCCAGCAAACUGCCUAUAAGAUAGAACACCAGGUGAAGGUAAGCCGGAGGCACUUUCCCCGUCACCCAGGCUGUCACGCGGGCACGCACUCCGUCCGUCAGUCCCCCUCCCUGCACGCCCAGCCCCUCUCAUCCCCUGACCCCCCGGGGCCCCACUCAAACGCCAGCUUUUCCAAGAAGCCUUCCCUCUGCCCCGACCAGCGGGUCUCCGUGAACCCGGACGAGGCCCCGGAGCGUCCCCAGGGCAACCGAGUCACGACACAGAGUCGCAUCGACUUCUGCCGGCCGCUGCCCGGCAUCCGCCGCAAGUCGGGGACCCAGAGAAUGUCACUCGUCUCGUAG